AUGAGAAUUUUGCCCAAAGACUUUGAACUAGUAUCUUUGACCUCUUUGGUGGGCAGCUCUCCUUCCUUUAAUAAAGUGUCUUCAUCCACAAUUUCAUCUUCUUUAAAUAAACUUUCUUCCUCCUCCUCCUCCUCUUCUUCCUCCUCCUCUAUUCCAUCUCUGAAUAAGUUUUCUUCCUCUUCAAUCCUUUCUCUCAACAAUGUUUCUUCUUCAUCCCUUUCCCUCAGUAAUGUGUCUUCAUCUCCUUCCUUCAGUAAUGUUUCUUCUUCCUCACCCACUUCUCCUCUAAGUAGCACCUCCUCUCCUUCAUCACCAUCUCUCAACAUUUCCUCACCUUCCUCCAAAAUACCAUUAUCAUUUUCUUCUCUCAGUAAACUCUCUUGUUCCUCUUCCUUUGACUUUCUUUUUCUUCCUAUUUCUUCUUCACUUUUCUCUUCUUUCUCCUCUCUUAAUAAAUAUUCAUCAUCAUCUUUCUUUUUUAUUUUUCUCUUUUUUACCUCUUCAUUCCUUUCCUCUGCUUCUUCUUCCCCCAAUAAAUUCUCUUCUUCAUCCUUUUUUUUAGCCUUUUUUCUUUUUCCUUCUUCCUCAUCUUUUUUCUUUGUUUUUCUCCUCCCUAUUUCUUUAUUUUUUUCUUGUCCCUCUUCUUCAUCUACUUCUACAUCUUUCAAUAAGUUUUCUUCUUCAUCACUUUCUCUUUUAACUAUAAUUUCUUUUUCCUCUUCUCCUUCAUCAGCUUCAUCCCUCUUUAUUUUUAGAUAUCCUUUGUCACCAUCCUUCCUAAUCUUCACGUAUCCUUCCUCCCCGUCACCGGAAAAUGUGUGCCUUCGCCGCUUUCGACCACCUCUGGGCCUUCGACCUCUUCGAUUCGCAUAUUCAUCAACUCAACUUCUUCAUCUUCCUCCUCCUCCUCUUCUUCUAUCUCUUCUUCUAUCUCUUCAUCUUCCUCAGGAGACUGUUGUCAAAACUGUAGUGGACAAUACUGCUGAAGGUUUAUGCUUCCGUUUGCGUUUGGCUGGUGACUGCAGCAGUGUUUGUGAUUGUAACUGUAACUGA